AUGGAAGCCUACAGAGCAAACAAGAGUUGGAAAGAACCGUGGCUUUAUCGUCAAGAAUUCUUCCUAGAUCCAGACCACAGGAAGCACUACCUACUCGAAACAAACGGCAUCACUUCAAAAGCCGACAUAUUUUUUAAUGGAUGGCAGAUCGCAAACAAGGAAUUCCAGUCAGGCUCCUAUGGUGGCCAUGCAUACGACAUCACACCAAUGGCGUCAGAUAUCAAUGCGCUACUAAUCAGAGUUCACCCCACCGACUAUAAUCACGAUUUGGCCCAGGGAUUUAAUGACUGGAACCCUGCUCCACCAGAUCAUGGCUCUGGUGUUUGGAGAGAUGUUAAUGUCAAACAGACAGGGCCGGCGGCAUUGGGACCUCUCAGCGUCACGACAGAGUUCAAGACAUCUGGUACUUUAGCCCGAGUGUCUGUCCGAGCACUUGCCCGCAAUCUUGAGAAACACACAAUAGAGGUCCUCCCAAUGGCCAGUGUUUUCAGGUCUGGAUCUGAAUCCAGCACGACCGAAGGCAUCUCUCAGGUCGGUACCUCGUCGAUACAUGUCGAUCAAGAGCGACCCUCGAGAAACACUACGACAGGAGAAAAGAAUGGUCCGAGUGCAAGAGAAACUUCUUCUCGGACCAUAUCUUUGGCCCCAUUUGCUUCGAAAGAGCUAAAAAUAGAUCUUGAUAUACCAUUUACGGAAGCAGACAUUUGGUGGCCCAGGCAAUGGGGAGCUCAGCCACUUUUCGCGGCUCAUCUGAGCGUGUCAGUUGAGAACAUAACCUCUGAUCGGCGCAACAGCACAUUCGGAUUUCGCAAGGUCACCUCGCGCCUCAACAAUUACAACGACAGAGUGUUUGAGGUAAACGGCUUUCCCUUUCAAGUGAUUGGCGCAGGGUAUGCACCUGAUAUUUUUCUUCGGUGGGACUCCUCGCGCUUCACAAGUAUUGCCGAGUAUAUUCUUGAUAUUGGGUUGAAUACUAUUCGUCUUGAAGGGAAUAUGGAGCAUCCUGAGCUGUAUGAUAUAUGCGAUCGCCUGGGAAUUAUGAUUCUUCCAGGCUGGGAAUGCUGUGACAAAUGGGAAGCAUGGAGCUAUACCGAGGAGGAAGGACUAUCAGAUUCUCUCUGGGGCCCGAAUGACUAUAUCACAGCGAACGCCAGCAUGAGACAUGAGGCAGAGAUGAUGCAGACUCACCCAGCUGUGCUUGGAUUCCUGAUUGGAAGCGACUUAUGGCCCAACAAAAGAGCCACGUCCAUCUACUUGGACGCGUUGUAUGACUGCCAUUGGGAAACCCCCAUCCUCGCUGCCGCUUCAAAGCGGGGACACCCAAGGGGCCUCGAUCCCUCAGGUCUCAAAAUGGAGGGCCCCUAUAGUUGGGUCCCUCCAAAUUACUGGUACGAAAAUCGGUUGGGCGCAGCAUUUGGCUUCGGCUCCGAACUGGGUUCAGGAGUUGGCACACCAGAACUUCAAAGUUUAUCGCAAUUUCUCGACUGGCCUGGAAUCAAUGACCUCUGGCGGAGACCCAGCAAGGAUCUUUACCACAUGUCGCCUGCAGAUUCGUUCUCAAGCAGAAAAAUCUACAACAAGGCCCUUUGGCGUCGAUUUGGCGCACCGAGAGGAUUGUCAGAGUACCUCCUCAGCGCUCAGAUGAUGGAUUAUGAGGCAACGAGGGCUCAGUUCGAGGCCUACUCUUCGAACUGGUCUGCGAAACGACCUGCAACGGGGUUGAUCUACUGGCUCCUAAACAGUGCUUGGCCCAGUCUUCACUGGGAGCUGUUCGAUUAUUACUUACACCCAGCCGGAUCGUACUUUGGCGCAAAGACAGGGAACCGCUUCGAGCAUGUAGCAUAUGACUAUGUGCACAAGGAAGUGUCCAUAAUCAACCGUUCUGCGAACAAGCAAGGGUCCAGAAUUCUUGAGCUAGAUGUUAUUGAUCUGCACGGCAACCGCGUCUUGAAAAGGACGGUACAGCUUUUCACGACACCCAAUUCCAGCAGAAGACUCUUCAAGAUCAAGGAGUUAAAACAUAUACGGGAUAUGGUGCUCCUCCGUCUGGUUCUUAAAAAUGGCAGCGACAACAAACUGCUAAGUCGGAACGUGUACUACACGCCGGUCGAGAAAUACGCCGACUACACUGCCUUAAAUGGAAUUCUCCCAGCUAAUGUGUCAAUCUCAGCGGCAAUGGACAGAACCAACAUGCGCUGA